AUGACGGACCUUGGCGCCCUUCACCACUUCCUCGGCAUCAACGUCGCGUCCACGCCAGCCGGGUUGUUCCUCUCUCAGGAGCAGUAUGCCCUCGAGAUAAUUGAUCGUGCCGGCAUGCUCAACUGCAAGCAGAUCUCCACGCCGGAUGACAUGCUAGCCAAGCUCUCCAUCAACUCUGGCCCGCUCUUCCAUGACCCAAUGCUCUACCGUAGUCUGGCGGGUGCUCUGAAGUACAUCACCCUCACGUGCCCGGACUUGUCCUACGUCGUGCAGCACUGCUGCCUGUUCAUGCACGCGCCCCGUGAUGUGCACUUCCAGCUCGUCAAGCGCAUUCUGCGCUUCCUUCGCUGCACCACGCAUCUCGGACUGUAG